AUCCGAAGGAAGCAAUAAUAACAGAAACAGAAGAGAGAAACAGGCGUGGAGGCAGAGGAUGAUCCAAAGAGGGAUCAGGAUUCCCACAUUCGCCAACAACAACAAUAACAACAGCAGCAACAACAACAACAACAACAACAACAACAACAGCAGCAACAACAAUAACAGCAAUUUUAUUACUACUAUCGCCAAUCACCACUACCGCCGCUCAUUGGUUUGCUUGCUGCUGGAUCAACUUUUGCAAUCCCCUCAUGGAAGAUCUCUCUUGCCACGAGGCAAAGACCGUUGGGCAGUGAUUCUGAUCAUUUUGAUCGGCUUGCGACUUGCACUUUGCUGGCGGUGUCUGUUGUUUGUGUUUAUGGGCUAUAUGGGUGCAGUGUGGCCAUAUGAGGGAAGAGGUGAGGAUGAGGAACAGGAAGGCACCAACAUCCUCUCUCUUUUCUCUCUCUCUUUCUCUCUCUUUCUUUCUUUCUUUCUUUCUUUCUUCUCCUUCCCUCUCUUUUCCCCUUUCCCCUUUCCCCUUUCAUUUCCUCCCUUCCGCUCCUCCUCGCAGUCUGAUUCUUUUUUCUUUUUUUUUUUCCCCCUCUUCUUCUCAUCACCAUCGCCAUCACCAUCGCCAUCGCGACCACCAUUGAAUCCAAUUGAAUCGAAUCCAACUGCUGGCAGAGGAUCACUUCUCACUUCUCACUCUCACGCAGACAAACCACCACUUUGCUUAUUCGUUUUAUUUUUAUACUCGCAACAUAGACUUCUCCGCUGCACUCUCUCGACCCAACUCUGCUCAACUCACGUUUUCAUUCCACCUGCCAACUGUUUUCCCCUCUAGUCCCUCGUACUACAUACAUACACACUUCGCACACACACUCCAUACACUCAUUGCAACCACAUUCGCACCUCACUCAUCCCACUGCUUUUCUGGAUUGUGUCCUGACUCUCCCUCCUUUUCUCUUUCUCUCUCGUUCUCUCGUUCUCUCUUUCUCUUUCUCUCUUUACAG